AGGACAUCAUAGCGUGACAGAGAGAAACUUAAAAAGCUAGGUUAUGUGAAUGGCAAUGGAUGAUGUGUAUGUUUACUUUUGACUUAUUAAGAGAUCUGAUUAAAAGCUAGUUAUAAAAGAUAUAAGAAAACACUUAGCAUAUAACGUGUGAUAAUAGGAAUACUAUAAUAUAAGGAUGGUAUCAAUUUUUUGAAUAGCACAAAUCAAGAGAAAUUUUAUACUUUACUAAAGUAAUAAAAUGGGUAUCCUUUUUGGUAAAAAAAAGCCUCCUUCCAGAGUGACAGAACAUGAUAAAGCAGUAUUACAGCUCAAACAGCAAAGAGAUAAAUUGAGACAAUAUCAAAAAAGAAUUGAACUCUCACUUGGUAAAGAUAAAGAUAUAGCUAAGAAGUUACUUAACAAUGGCCAAAGAGACAGAGCAAAACUUUUACUUAAGAAGAAGAGGUAUCAAGAACAACUGUUGUCCAAGCUAGAUGUACAACUUGAUAAUCUAGAUAAGAUGGCUAAUGAUAUAGAAUUUGCCCAGUUAGAAACUCAAGUGGUGAGUGGACUAAAAGCAGGCAAUGAAGCUUUGAAACAAAUUAAUGAUUCCCUUAAGAUUGAAGAUAUUGAACGUAUAUUAGAUGAAACAAGGGAAGGGAUUGACAAACAGAAUGAGAUUAACGAUCUUCUUAGUGGCCAAUUAACAGAUGAAGAUGAGGCAGCUGUAGAAGAAGAAUUGGCUGGUCUGAUUGAGCAAGAGAUGCCUGCUGUGCCUUCAGAAGAACCUAGAGUAGAAGUCAAUGAGGAAGAAGAGGAAGAUGAAGAGGAGAUAGCGGAUAAAGAAAAGCCAAAACAAAAGGAGAAACGGGAGGAACGUGUAGCAGUGAUGGCCUAACGAAUUGUUACUUUAUUGGUAUUUUUCAACCGUGUAUGUAAAUUUCUUAAGUUAUUUAUUAGUAAAAUAAACAAAACUUUUA